CAAUACCUGUUCAUCACUCUCCACAACGAGCAAGACAGCAUGCUAGGCAUAGAAGACUACGGUAGCGACGUCGACAGCGACAACGAAGUGUCAUUCACUGCAUCGUUACCCAAAGUAAAAGCGAAAGCACCUGCACCAUCGAAACCUUCAGGCCUCGCUCUCCCUCCGCCCAAAUCAUCUGGUUCGUCAAGUCUGUCACUUCCACCACCAACCACCACCAAAACAAAACGCACAAAGAAAAUAGAAAUCACGCUUCCCUCACUUCCUUCCAAUGACUCUGACGGAGACGACCGACCACCAGCCAAGAAAUCCCGAAUCACAUCUAGCAAAGGGGCAGGCGCAUCAUCCCUUCUCAACAUGCUGCCCGCGCCUACACAGCCUCUGCCCAUCAAAGCCAAGAAGGCUGAACGUAUGCUUGGAGGUGGGAAUGGUCCAGGGUUAGUGUUCCAUGCACCAGCGAGCGUACAGGAGGAUGGCGAAGGGGAUGGCGAGGAGGCAUCCACGUCUUUCCUGCCCCCUUCACUCAAGAAGGGAAAAUCCAACGUCGCACUGGACCGUGAGGACUACAAGCCACAAGCGCUUCCAAAGGCACCUGCCGUGAACUUCUUCUCUCUUGGUACUUCACCAAGACCUAAUUCUGCAGUGCCAUCUACAUCCACAACACCCAGCGCAUCUACACCACCAAUUUCAUCCGCCCCCGAGGUGGCUUCAUUCACUCCGCCACCUCCAACACCUACCGACCCCUACCCCGGAUACUACCUUCUUCCCUCCGGUGCCUGGGCCGCUCACGACCAGGCAUAUUACGCCACAUUCGUCAAAAAGUGGCAGAAGGAGUACGAUGCCCAAGUACGCGCACUCGAGAAAGGCGAGGUGGAGAGGGAAGCAGAAGAAGCAGAGGAGGUCAAUAUGCAGACAGAGAUGGAGAAAGCACGGAAAGAGAUAAAAGAGAGGGAGGACAGGAAGGCUCUUACGGGCGUCAAGACCGGGGAGCAAGAACAACCAAGGAUGAAUGUACAGGGCGCAAAACUAGGCUCGACAGCCCGGUCGCGACAUCAACUCACAACGCUCCUUACAGAUGCAUACCACAAUCGGGAGGCACUGGAGGAGAAGAUCGCACAAGCACGGAGGAACAGGAAAGAGGCAGGGAACAAAUAUGGCUUCUAGGUUCUUGGAAACAAUCAUGCAUCAUAUUAUGGAUAGGUUGCUAUUACUGCUCAGAGGGUA